GCGGGGUUUAAACGCCAAUAACGUCAUCUGCUCUGGUUGAUCGAAGGCGGUGGAAGACCCGGUGAUAUGGUACCCCGCCUCUGGCACCUCGAGUCUACCGAGAUAUAAUUGUCUCGCAUCCCCAUUGCGUUGUGUACAACGAGCACACAGCGAGCAACGAGCAAAAGGCAAACACCAUGGCCGAGAUCAAGAACACCGCCAAGACCUUCAAGCUCAACACGGGCGACUCGAUCCCCGCGAUCGGGCUCGGCACAUGGCAGUCGCGGCCCGGUGAGGUCGAGAAGGCCGUCGAAGCCGCCCUGCGGGCAGGCUACCGGCACAUCGACACUGCCUUCGCCUAUGGCAACGAGAAGGAGGUUGGCGAGGGCAUCCGGGCGUCGGGCGUGCCGCGCGAGGAGAUCUUCCUGACUACCAAGCUGGACAACCCGUGGCACAAGCGGUCCGCGGAAGCGCUGGACCUCUCGCUGGCCAACCUCGGCACGAGCUACGUCGACCUGUACCUGAUGCACUGGCCGUCGAGCACAGACCCGUCGGACCUCAAGAAGCACUAUCCCGACUGGGACUUCGUGGAUACGUGGCGGGAGAUGCAGAAGUUGGUCGGGACAGGCAAGGUGAAGAACAUCGGCGUGAGCAACUUCGGCAUCAAGAACUUGGAGAGAUUGCUCAACGACCCGAGCUGCAAGAUCGUCCCGGCCGUCAACCAGAUCGAGCUCCACCCGAGCAAUCCGUCGCCGAAGCUCGUCGCGUACUGCGCCUCUAAGGGCAUCCACGCCUCCGGCUACUCCCCGCUCGGCAGCAGCGACUCGCCGCUGUACAGGAACGAGACGAUCGCGUCCAUCGCAAAGGCCAAGAACCGCAGUGUGCAGCAGGUCCUCCUCCUGUGGGGCAUUAAGAAGGGCUGGUCCGUUCUGCCCAAGAGUGUUAAUCCCGACCGGGUCAAGGCCAACUUCGACCUGGACGGGUGGGAUUUGACCGAUGAAGAGAUGGCCAAGAUCGAUGCGAUCCCGGAUCGGUUCAAGGUCUGCGGCGACGGGUGGCUGCCGGUCAAGGUGUUCUUUGGGGAUGAUGAGUGAUCCGAAGGCUUAUCGCAAUUCUGUUCCAGUUAGACAAUCCACGUAGUACAGG